GUGCCUAUAAAAUAUAAUAUGGAACAAAAACAACGCACAGCACAAAAGGCAGCACCAGUGGCCACCGGUUCCACAGCUGUUGUGAGUGACGAUGAUGAUGAGGACGCUGGACCGCUGGAUGUGAUGAAACUACAGGGCAACAAUAUCAAUCCGCGCGACAUCAAACUGCUGCAACAGGCGAGCUUGCACACCGUUGAAUCGGUGACUUAUGCGACGCGACGUCAACUGUUGAAUAUCAAAGGACUUGGCGAGUCCAAAGUGGAUCAUAUUAUGAAGGAGGCACAAAAGUUGGUACCGCUAAGCUUUACUAGCGCACGCACAUUCCAUCAAAUGCGCUCCGAAGUAGUAAUGCUGACAACCGGUUCCAAAGAGCUAGACAAGCUGCUGGGCGGCGGCAUUGAGACAGGUUCAAUCACUGAAAUCUUUGGCGAAUUUCGUUGCGGCAAGACGCAGAUUUGUCACACGCUCGCCGUGACAUGUCAGCUGCCUAUUAGUCAGAAUGGUGGUGAGGGAAAAGCUUUGUAUAUUGACACUGAGGGCACUUUUCGCCCAGAGCGUUUGUCUGCGAUUGCACAACGUUAUCACAUGGAGGAGGCGGAUGUGCUAGACAAUGUGGCAUGUGCGCGAGCGCAUAACACGGAUCAGCAGACGAAACUGGUGCAAAUGGCCGCGGGUAUGAUGUUUGAAUCGAGAUACGCCUUGAUUAUUGUGGAUAGUGCCAUGGCGUUGUAUCGAUCGGAAUAUGUGGGACGAGGCGAGCUUGCUGCUCGCCAAAAUCAUUUGGGAUUAUUUUUGCGCAUGCUGCAACGGCUGGCAGAUGAAUUUGGCGUCGCUGUUGUCAUCACCAAUCAGGUGACCGCUCAGGUUGAUGGCGGAGCUGCUAUGUUUCAGGCGGAUGCCAAGAAACCCAUUGGUGGUCACAUUAUGGCGCAUGCUUCAACGACGCGUCUCUAUUUGCGCAAGGGCAAAGGAGAUGCUCGUAUCUGCAAGAUAUACGAUUCGCCUUGUUUACCCGAAUCUGAGGCCAUGUUUGCCAUCUUGCCCGAGGGCAUUGGUGAUGUGAAGGAGAAUGAUUGAUUGAAUAAUAUUAAGCUAUCCUUAAUUAUAUUUUUUUAUUAUUAUUAGUAAGCAUAAAUAAAGUUUUUAUAUUUAUAUACA